CCUUUCUUGGGUCGUUCAGGCUAAAAAACUACAUCUAAUUAGAAAGGCAAUCGAUUUCCAUCGGACGGGAGGAAACUAAUUAGCAAUCGAUCUUUAUUUCGGGAAAAGGCAUCUUCUUCUUUAUUCUGAGCCUUUUCUAUAUUCCUUUCUUAUUCUACUUCUUUCUUUCUCUCCCGCUUCAUACUUUUCUAUAACGAUUUAAGCUCUCAAGUGUAGACCUGUCGAAAUGAAAGAACAAGUUAUAGACAACACACCGAAAAAAAUUCGCUACAUCCAGUUCGGUGUACUUUCGCCACAAAGCAUGGUGAAAAUUGCAGAGCUGGAAAUUACACAAAGAGAUCUCUACAUGCCAGAAAGUCGUACACCUAUUAAAAGUGGUGUCCUGGAUUUACGUUUGGGUACAACACAAAAAGACGCUUUCUGUGAGACUUGUGGACAAAAGAUGCAGGAAUGUGCUGGUCAUUGGGGUUAUAUCAAACUUGUCCUUCCUAUUUUCCAUAUCGGUUAUUUCAGAGCAGUGAUUAAUAUUUUGCAGCAAAUUUGCAAGGAAUGUGCUCAUGUUAUGUUGGAUGAAGCUGAUCGCAGAAUGUAUUUACGUCGAUUAAGGAUGCCCGGCCUUGAUAAUUUACAGCGAAACAGAAUUCUCAAACAAGUGCAAGAUAAAUGUAAAAAAGUUACCUACUGUAUGCACUGCAAUGCCGUCAACGGUGUCGUCAAAAAGGUGGGCCCAAUGAAGAUUACACACGACAAAUAUCGUUUGAAGAGAGUGGAUGCAGAAGCAGAACAAUUUAGAAAGUCAUUUGAAGCAGCAGCAGCAACCAUGCCAGAAAUCAAACCUCAUAUCAGUAAAGCACAAGACGAUAUGAAUCCAGAAAGAGUACGAAGAUUGUUUGAACGUAUUUCACCUGAGGACUGUGAGUUAUUGGGUCUGAGUGAAGAACAUGGUCGACCUGAAUGGUAUAUUUGGAGAUUUUUACCAGUACCACCAGCAUGUAUUCGUCCAUCUGUGCUUCAAGAUGAUAAUAGCAGUAACGAAGAUGAUUUGACAGCUAAAUUGACAGAAAUUGUUUUCACCAAUGCCAUUAUUCGUGCUGGUAUUGAGAGAGGUGUUACAGUAACGAAUUUGAUGGAACAAUGGGAAUUCCUACAGUUAGCAGCCGCUUUAUAUAUCAACAGUGAAUUACCGGGUGUACCUAAUGCCACCUCUGGCAAACCUAGUAGAGGUUUAUGUCAACGUUUGAAGGGUAAGCAAGGCCGUUUCAGAGGUAACUUGUCCGGUAAACGUGUUGAUUUCUCGGGACGUACUGUUAUUUCACCCGAUCCCAAUAUGCGUAUCGAUCAAGUUGCAGUACCUGAACGUGUCGCAAAAGUUUUGACUUUCCCUGAACGCGUCAAUCAGCAUAAUAUUCAUAAAUUGCGACAAAAUGUUAUCAACGGCCCUUCUGUGCAUCCAGGUGCUAACUACGUUGAAAAAGCAAACGGCUUCAAACGUUUCUUGAAAUUUGGUAAAAGAGAGGAGAUCGCAGCUGAGCUAGAGAUCGGUGAUAUUGUAGAACGUCAUUUAUCCGAUAAUGAUGUGGUUCUUUUCAAUCGUCAGCCUUCACUCCAUAGAUUAUCUAUUAUGGCUCACUUUGCCAAAGUCAUGCCUUGGAGAACUUUCCGUUUUAAUGAAUGUGUGUGCUCGCCUUAUAAUGCAGAUUUUGAUGGUGAUGAAAUGAAUAUGCAUUUGCCUCAAACCCAAGAAGCCAAAGCCGAAGCUAUUGAAUUGAUGGGCGUUAAAAAUAAUUUAGUUACUCCUCGUAAUGGUGAACCACUUAUUGCAGCCACUCAAGAUUUCAUUACAGCAUCCUAUUUAUUGUCUCAUAAAGAUACAUUUUAUACCCGUGGUGAAUUUGCUCAGUGUUGUGCUAUGAUGAGUGACGGCGAAAUCAAAUUUGAUCUUCCUCCACCUGUGAUCUGGAAACCUCAACGUUUAUGGACUGGUAAACAGAUUUUCAACCUUCUAUUCAGACCUAACAAGGAGUGUAAUGUUUUACUCAAUGUGGAAGCCAAGACGAAAUCAUUUGUCAAGCAGGAUGGACGUCUUCCUGACAUGUGUCCCAAUGAUGGUUGGUUGGUUGUACAAAACAGUCAAAUUAUGUGCGGUCUUGUUGACAAGGCUAUUGUUGGUGAUGGUAAUAAGAACUCUGUAUUUUAUGUUAUUUUGCGUGAUUAUGGACCUAUCGAAGCCGCUAAAUGCAUGAACCGUUUGGCAAAGCUUUGUGCUCGUUGGUUGGCCAACCGUGGGUUCUCUAUUGGUAUCAGUGAUGUUACGCCUGGUGAACGACUCAGCCGUAUCAAAAAUGAAGAAGUUAAAACCGCCUACGCUAAAUGUGACGAUGUUAUUGCUCAAUAUAAUUCAGGUCAAUUAGAGACGAUGGCAGGUUGCGAUGAAGAACAAACUAUGGAAUCGAUUGUAUCUGGUAUUUUGUCUAACGUUCGUGGUGAUUUGGGUAAAGUCUGUAUGGAGGAACUCAACAUGUACAACUCUCCCAGUAUCAUGGCCCGGUGUGGUUCUAAAGGUUCGCAAAUUAACGUGUCUCAAAUGGUUGCUUGUGUCGGUCAGCAAAUUAUUAGUGGUAAACGUAUUCCAGAUGGUUUCCAAGAUCGUUCUCUGCCUCACUUUUUGAAGCAUUCCAAGAGCCCACCAGCGAAGGGUUUCGUUAGAAACAGUUUCUAUACUGGUCUUAGUCCCACGGAAUUCUUGUUCCACGCUAUCUCAGGUCGUGAAGGUCUUGUCGAUACUGCUGUCAAAACUGCUGAAACUGGUUAUAUGGCGAGACGUUUGAUGAAGGCCUUUGAAGAUUUAGUCACUCAUUAUGAUUUGUCUGUCCGUAACUCUGAAGGUGCUAUGGUCCAAUUCUGUUACGGUGCGGAUGGUCUAGAUCCUAUGACUAUCGAAGGUGAAGGUAUUCCUGUAGAGUUCGCUCGUAACUUACGUCAUGUCAAAGAAACUGUUCCUCCCAAUCAAGAAAAGGGACUUUUACCUUGGGAAAUCAUGUAUAUUACUGAAAAAGAAAUCGAAAAAGAUAUUUGGAAAAAGAAUUGUAUGCCCUCCUUCAUUGAAAUGGUUCGCAAAUUUGUUGAAGAGAAGAUUGCUGGUAAAUUGGCUGGCAUUCGAAAGAAGCAUGGUCUUCAAGCUGGUUUAGCUAUUCCAGACGAAGAUUUUAUGGAUAUGGACAUUGACGAAGAUGAAGAUGAGGCUGUGCUUUCUGUGGUCCGCAAUCUUUUUGUUAUCACAGAGCAUCAAUUACGUGAAUAUCUAAAUACCUGUUUAACCAAAUAUCUCAGAGCUAAGAUCGAACCCGGUACAGCUGUGGGUGCUAUUGGUGCUCAAUCUAUUGGUGAACCUGGUACUCAAAUGACCUUGAAAACUUUCCAUUUUGCUGGUGUUGCUAGUAUGAAUAUUACUCUUGGUGUACCUCGUAUCAAAGAAAUUAUUAACGCUGCAAAGGCCAUCUCUACACCUAUUAUUAAAUGUGAGCUUCACUCGAAUAAGGAUGUGAGAGCUGCUCGUGUGGUCAAGGGUCGUGUUGAAAAGACGACUCUCGGAGAUAUUGCCAUGUAUAUGGAUGAAGUGUAUGAACCCAAUGAAACCUACAUUCUUUUGCGUAUUGAUUUAGAUGCUAUCAACCGUCUUCAAUUGGAAACCAACCUUCACCAGAUUGCACAUGCAAUUAAGACAGCACCCAAGUUAAAGAUGGGUCAACUGGAUGUACAAACUAGUAGACCAGAUAUCAUCCGUGUUUAUGUUCAUCCUAAACAAGAUGAAUCUAUGUAUUAUAGUCUAAAGGCAUUGAAACGUGUCUUGUCUACGAUCGUUAUUACAGGCUUGCCUUCGGUUGUCCGUGCUGUUAUCAGUGAAAAAGAAGGCGGUAAAGGCGCUAAACAGUUGCUGGUCGAAGGUUAUGGUUUACUGGAAGUUAUGACUACAGAUGGUAUUAUUGGCCAAGAAACUACAUCAAAUCACAUUAUGGAGGUUGCUGAAGUGCUUGGUAUUGAAGCUGCAAGAAAUACUAUUAUUAAUGAAAUUCAAAUGACCAUGGAGUCUCACGGUAUGACUAUCGAUCAUCGUCAUGUUUUCUUGCUUGGUGAUAUUAUGACAAGUAAAGGUGAAGUGCUGGGUAUCACACGUUUCGGUAUUUCAAAGAUGAAGGAUAGUGUUCUCAGUAUCGCGUCCUUUGAAAAGACCACGGAUCAUCUGUUUGAAGCAGCUUUGUACUCGAAGAAAGAUGGCAUUGUUGGUGUUUCUGAGCAAAUUAUUAUGGGUAUACCUAUGUCAAUCGGUACAGGUUUAUUCAAAUUGUUACUCAAAUCUAUGAAGAAUAAUAUCCCUCCACCUAGACCAUUAUUAUUUGAUAUCUAAACGUUAAAAAUGUUAAAACCACUAUAUCAUUCCUCCUCUCAUCCUAUUUUGUAAAUUUUAUGUACCAUAAUUCAGUUGAAAUAAAAGGACGAAAUCCUGCUUUCAGAAGCUUUUCAUUAUUAGAAAA